AUGUGUCCUCAUAAGAAAUAUAAUAUUGAAGACUGCAAAAAAAAAUUUCAAUUGAAAUAUUUCAAAGAUUUUUGUCGUGACCUGGAAGUUUUCCCCGAUAUUGGAAAGAAAUGUACUGAAGAUUGUAAAAAUAAAAUGGGAGAAAUAGUAAAGAUCACAUUGGAAAAAUAUUCAAAUAUAGUUGUUGAUUAUUUCAAAGAUGCAAGAUUGGGA